AAACUGUCAUGUGCCAAAUGCUUUUAUGAGUGUCAUGUGAUGUAAAAGAAGUCUUAUACAACAACCCGAGGCAAAGACAGCCUAAGGAACUGUGUGAUAAUAUAAAUAUUGCAAUACAGAACACUUGACUCAACUAGAAGGUAUUUACAGACAGCCAACAUGAUGCUAAUUCCGUCCCUUCUCCUGAUCUCCUGUUUCCUUGCAUCCCUAAUUGUCAACUCUGCGCCAGCUGAGGAUCUGAUUGUGUCGAUGCCAGGACUGAGUACUCAGCUGAAGUGGAAGCAGUACUCUGGAUAUCUCAAUGCCACAGGCAGCAAGAAACUCCACUACUGGUUUUUGGAAUCUCAGAACAAACCUGAGACUGACCCUGUUGUCUUGUGGAUGAAUGGUGGACCUGGUUGUAGCUCUGACCUGGGUCUGCUCAGUGAACAUGGACCAUUCAGGAUUGACUCCGAUGGGAAGACAGUGUUAAAUAAUCCAUACAGCUGGAACCUGGUAGCAAACAUGAUUUACCUGGAGGCUCCAGCAGGUGUGGGUUUCUCCUACUCACCUGACAAAUUAGAUUACAAGACAGACGAUGACCAGGUUGCCCUAGAUAACCAACUGGCUUUAAAACACUUCUUUUUGAAAUUUCCUGAGUACAAGGCCAAUGCAUUCUUCGUCACUGGGGAGAGUUAUGGGGGUAUUUAUGUUCCGACACUGUCAGCCAGACUCGUGGACGAUUCCAGCUUCAACUUCCAAGGCUUCAUCGUUGGUAAUGGACUGAGCGACAGAGAGAUGAACACCAACUCUCUUAUCUACUUUGAGUAUUACCAUGGAUUAAUUGGAGACAAAGUGUGGGCGGAUCUGUCCGAGGUAUGCUGCGGAGGAAACGUCACACGGUGCUCAUUCAUGGCUAGUGCAAAGAAAAGCCUGGCAUGUGAACAGCUUGUCACUGGUACCAUGGAGAUUGUGUACUCCAGUGGGCUGAACGAGUACAACCUGUAUGGUCCAUGUGAGGGACAAAAGGGUCUUGUGUUUGAUGAGGUCAGCAAAAAACUGACAUUUACACACCUUAACUGGCCAUUCAUACAGUUUCCUCCUAUACAGAAACAAGUCAAGGCUCUACAAGAAAAUGCUGACAUUGAAAACAACAUCAGACUGACCCCUCCAUGUCUGAACUACGACCAGGUCAUCAAGUACAUGAACUCCCCAGAGGUGAGGGCUGCUCUCCACAUAUCGAAGGAAGUCCAGAAAUGGGAUAUAUGUAGUGCUGCUGUAGGCAUGCAAUAUAAAUCACUGUACAGCUCAGUGAGGAACCAGUACCUCAAAGUCCUGUCUCGCAAGAAACGUGUGAUGGUGUACAAUGGAGACGUGGACAUGGCCUGUAACUUCCUUGGAGACGAGUGGUUUGUCAGCAGCCUCGGUCAGAAGGUGGUAACAGAUAGAAGUAUGUGGCAUUACACAAAUAAGGCUGGUAAACAGGUAGCAGGUUUCGUCAAACAAAUGGAAGGCAUUUCUUUGGUCACAGUCAGGGGAGCGGGACACAUGGUACCAACAGACAAACCGGAGCCAGCCUUAAUCAUGUUCUCAAGCUUCUUACAGAACAAACCCUUGCAGUAACGGACACUAUACUGUUAACAUGACAUCAGCGAGAUAAAAGUGGAGGUUUCCUGGGGCCAGCUGUUAAAAGCAUGAGUAGGUUAUAGGGAGUCUGUAAUGCAAAUUUUCAAAUUUAUUUUUUUGAGAAAUAUUUUGAAAUUUACAAAUAUUUUUGUAUUCCUUGCCUUCUGAUUUUAAUUGGAAAGUCAAUACAUAUAGUUUUUAAUUUUUGGAUUUCAAUUUUGCAUCUUAAAAUUUAAUAGAUGCACCUUAGCUUGUUGAGCUAAAUUUUUAACUGAAUACCAAAGAUCACAGGAGUGCCAUUUUAGAUAUAUAAACCUGUUGAGUAUUUCAGUUGUCAGUCACAGGUUUUAUAUCCUGUGCAGUCUGUAGACUCAAGGCUACAUGUAUCUACAAUGUACCUGGAGAUCAGGGAAAUUGACCUCAAUUUAUUUUUGAUUAAGACAAAUUUAUAGCAAUCAAGGUUGUAACGAGCAUCAUGGACAGUGUUAUGAUUGAUACUUUUACAACUGUUCUCUUUUAAGAUUCAGUGACUUUGGAUCCCGAUUUUGAUAGGGCUUCAGAUACAGUACCAUACUAUAAGCAUUGAAAAGAAUAACAAAGAUUUACAUAUGAUAUGGAUUAAUUUCUCAUUAACACACUUAAUUAAGUACUGUACACGGUAUAUAGGAAUAUUUUGACCUAGUCAAAUAAAUGCUUUUCACCCCUCUGUAACACCCAUACUAGCCCAAUGUUAAUUUCACCAUUCAGAGUAGAAAUAUAAGUUAAGUUUGGUCUUCUUCAUAUUAAAUUUGCCCACAUUACUAAGCUAGGUUCAAAAGGUGAACUGUGAAAAGCAUGACCUGUUAUAUGGCAACCCUUUGUGGUGCAUACAUUGUUGUUCUGGUUUGAUCUCUAGUUUAUGCUAACAUUCCAAAUUGUUGUUGAUGCUGAGAUUGUGUUUUGAUAGAGUAUUUAUUUUGUAUUAUUUAUAAUAUGAUGUAUUGUGUACUUACAUGCUGAUGUUUUAAUUGAUUGAAGGGUUUAAAUAAUCCAUAUCACAUAUUUGUUUCUGUAAAUCAUUUGUGGAUUAUGGCUCAAAAAAUGUGCCAAAUGCUCUGGAUUUUGUUUUGCUCCACAGAAAACAACAUAAACUGCUACCUUUUGAAUGAUUUUGAUACUUUUGGCGAAAACCCCUUAAAUGUUUUCACAUAAGUUCUGCCACACUCAUGAAAAACACGUUUAUAACAAUUAACAUAUCCCCAUUGUGUAUCUUAUAGUGUACCGGUAAGUCUACUUGUUUCGGGGUGUUCAUACCUUAGCAAUAAUUAUGUAUCAGUGCUUGUUGUGCUUAUCCAAAUGCACAAAAGUAGGAUAACUGCUAAAUAUGAAUAUCAUGUUUAUCCUACACUAAGCCCAGGGUGACAAUACAUUAUCUCUGACUAGAACAGGUAUGUGCUUAUUGUUGGAUAAAUACGGUAAUCAUUGUAUUUUUGCUUGGUACCAAAAUUAUGAUAAUUGCUAAAUAUGAAUAUCGUGUUUAUCCUACACUAAGCCCAGGGUGACAAUACAUUAUCUCUGACUCGACCAGGUACGUGCUUAUUGUAGGAUAAAUACGGUAAUCAUUGUAUUAUUGCUUGGUACCAAAAUUAUGAUAAUUGCUAAAUAUGUAUAUCAUGUUUAUCCUACACUUAGCCCAGGGUGACAAUACAUUAUCUCUGACCCGAACAGGUAUGUACUAACUGCUUAUUGUAGGAUAAAUACGGUAAUCAUUGUAUUAUUGCUUGAUACCAAAAUUAUGAUAAUUGCUAAAUAUGUAUAGCAUGUUUAUCCUACACUAAGCCCAGGGUGACAAACAUUAUCUCUGACUCGAGCAGGUACAGACUUUUUUGUCAGAUAAAUACGGUAAUCAUUGUAUUGCUGCAUAGUAUAGAUAUAUAACUAGCACUAAAUCAUGAUAAGUUGAUGCCAAGGUUUAAGAUAUGAGUGCACUAAUAAUAUGUAACUACAUGUAUAUGUUAAGAGGAUUUCAAAUCACUUUCUACAAUAUCAAUCAGUCUUUUAAAAUCUCUGGUUGGGAGCAAACUCAAGUUGGUAGCUAGUGCACUGGAGUUAACAGGAAAUGAUGUUAACUCCAGUUCACUAGCUAGUGCACUGGAGUUCACAUCCUUGUGUACUUUUAGUGUAUUUAGUGCACUGGAGUUAACUACAGUGCACAAGUUAAUUUUCUUUAUCAUAUUAUGUCUGGCAUUUUCAUCAGUUAAUUCAAUUCAGUAAUGGACAAUGUCAUUUUGAGACCACCCUUUCCUGGUUCAGUGGUCAACUCUAUCGAAGCAUACAAAGAUAUAUAUACAUUUAUCCGAUAACCGUAAUAGGUUUCAUCGCUCAGAGCCCUUGAGUUAUCUGUUCAAUGAUCUCAAAGUGUAAACUUAUAAGGCACUGUUUACCAAUGUCCUAUUAAUGUCUGUUAUCUGUUGUACAUGUCGUUACCAUUUGUUCAUCUAGAUCUCGUGCAUUGUAUUUGUUGUUGUAUUGGCCAGAUACUGAAUUAAAUGCAUUUACUCAGAGAAAAAAAUGUUUAUUACGGGUAAGUUUUUUUAAUAAAAUCUCCGACGAAUAUUUAUUUCAUAUAAUCUAAUUGAAAUGCUAAUGGUCGUUUUUCAACAUUUUCAAUUGAAACUGCAGCUACAGAGGGCUGAAAUGAUACAUAUUUCGCAAGUAAUACGUUCAACCUUUAGAAAAGAAUGGAUACACAGAAUAUAAGAUAAGGUUACAGCUGAGAAAUUAAUUCCUUGAAUUAAAUCUUACCUUUGUAGAAACACAUUGUGUUUUAUAUACAAAGUAUUAGUUAUUAAUAACUUGUCUGUCACUUUCAGUUUAAAUAAAUCUGCGUGAUGAAAUUUCA